CUUUUUUUUAUUUUUUCCCCCCCUUCUGUCAGUGUGAGAUGAAGAUGAGGAUGAGGAGGAUGAUGCGCGCGCGGUCCGCCCACACAGGACCGUUCCCGGCUCGCGUCUGAGCGUCGCGCUGAGCGUUCGUUUCCGACGAUGCGGGAGUAACGGCAUGAGGACCGCUCGCGAUCGCUGGCAAGUCGGCGAAACGGCAAACCCGCCGCGCGCGCGCCAGCCGCCUUCCCCGCGGAGCGAGCGAUGAGCGCCGGCGGGAAUCUGCGCGUCACCCUGGAAACGGCAGCGGAGACUCGAGCGAGCGCGGCCCGAGCGGAGCGCAGCGACAGCGGGACCGAAGAGCGAGGAGCGGCCGCCGCGGGAGGGAUGCGUUUCGCUGUUUAUACCGAGCCGGUGACGAAGAAGAGCCCCCCGCGUGUCCCCGGCAAACCCGCCUCGCGCGAGGACACAGUUAGACAGUGAUUGUGACAGAACCGAUCCGAGGACAGCGAGGUUACGACAGAUGCCCGAGGAACGCGCUGAGCGCUAGUCACUGGAGCGGAGAGACCGACGGACCGAGAGGCGUGAGCCCCGACGCCUGCGCUCUCUCUUCUCCGAGCACGCUCGUGCUCGCAGGAAGAGCUUUGCCACGUCGCGGCAGAGAAGCAUGGAAACGCCGCCCACUGCCCCUACACAGCCAUUCCGACAACCUAGUUUUCUGAGUCGCCGUCUGAAAGGAUCCAUUAAACGAGCAAAGAGCCAGCCCAAACUCGACCGCACAGGAAGCUUUCGCCACAUGAUUCUCCCACGAUUCCGCAGCGCUGACCAGGAGAGGACGCGUCUCAUGCAGAGCUUCAAGGAGUCUCACUCUCACGAGUCCCUGCUGUCUCCCAGCAGCGCGGCCGAGGCUCUGGACCUCACGCUGGACGAGGAUGCCAUCAUCAAGCCCGUCCACUCCAGCAUCCUCGGCCAGGAGUACUGCUUCGAGGUGACCACGGCGUCAGGCACCAAGUGUUUUGCGUGCCGCUCCGCUGCUGAGAGAGACAAAUGGAUCGAGAACCUGCAGCGAGCCGUCAAACCCAACAAGGAUAACAGCCGUCGGGUUGAUAACGUGCUGAAGCUGUGGAUCAUCGAGGCCCGGGAUCUUCCUCCGAAGAAGCGCUAUUACUGCGAGCUGUGUCUGGACGACAUGCUGUACGCUCGGACCACCAGCAAGCCGCGCACAGACACCGUGUUCUGGGGAGAACACUUCGAGUUUAACAACCUGCCGGCCAUCCGCAGCCUCAGACUGCACCUGUACAAGGAGACGGACAAGAAGAGACGCAAGGAGAAGAGCACGUAUCUGGGUCUGGUCAGUAUCCCGAUCCCCAGUAUAACGGGCCGUCACUUCGUGGAGCAGUGGUACCCGGUGAUCCAGCCCAGUGUUCUGGCGAAGGGCGGCGGUGUGGGCAGCGGGAAGAUCAUCAACGCCUCGCUGCGUCUCAAGUGCCGCUACCAGACCAUGAACAUCCUUCCCAUGGAGCUGUACAAGGAGUUCGCAGAGUACGUGACCAACAACUACCGGACGCUGUGUGGCGUUCUGGAGCCGCUGCUGAGCGCCAAGAGCAAGGAGGAGGUGGCCUGCGCUCUAGUGCACAUCCUACAGAGCACCGGGAAGGCCAAGGACUUCCUGUCUGAUAUGGCCAUGAGUGAGGUGGAUCGCUUUAUCGACCGCGAGCAUCUGAUCUUCAGAGAAAACACACUGGCCACCAAAGCCAUCGAGGAGUUCCUGAAGCUGAUCGCACAUCGCUAUCUCAAAGACACCAUCGGAGAGUUCAUCCGUGCGCUGUACGAGUCGGAGGAGAACUGUGAGGUGGAUCCGAUGAGAACGCCUCCCUCGGUGCUGCCCGAUCAUCAGGCUAACCUGCGCAUGUGCUGCGAACUAGCGCUCUGCAAGAUCAUCAACUCGCACUGCGUGUUCCCUCGCGAGCUGAAGGAGGUGUUCGCGUCGUGGCGUGUGCGCUGUGCUGAGCGCGGCCGGGAGGACAUCGCUGACCGCCUCAUCAGCUCGUCUCUGUUCCUGCGCUUCCUGUGCCCCGCCAUCAUGUCCCCGUCGCUCUUCAACCUGACGCAGGAGUAUCCCUCCGAGCGCACCUCUCGAACGCUCACGCUCAUCGCCAAGGUGGUGCAGAGCCUGGCCAGCUUUUCCAAGUUCAGUGGGAAGGAGGACUAUCUGGGCUUCAUGAAUGAGUUUCUGGAGAUGGAGUGGGGCUCCAUGCAGCAGUUCCUAUAUGAGAUCUCUAAUCUGGAGUGUGUGAGUAACGCCGGGGCGUUCGAGGGCUACAUCGACCUGGGCCGGGAGCUCUCUAUCCUGCACAGUCUGCUGUGGGAGGUCAUGGCACAGCUCAGUAAGGACGCUAUCCUGAAACUGGGACCGCUGCCGCGGCUGCUGAACGACAUUAGCGUGGCUCUGAGGAACCCACAGCUGCACCGUCAGGCCAGUCACCAGCCGCCCGAGCGUCACCUGACCCGGCCCGCCUUCAGCCGCCUCGCCACCAACGACUUCCAGAGCCUCAUGAUGAGAGACCUCAACAGCUCUAUAGACAUCUCUCGUCUGCCGUCUCCUACGGCCGGUCUCUCCGGCAGCGGUAUUCUCUCUCAUCCUGGAAUGGCUGCAUUCUCCGAGCGAGAUCCCCGUGGCAACAAAGAUGUCUUCUACGUGACCCGCCCACCUCUUGCACGCUCAAGCCCCGCCUACUGCACGAGCAGCUCUGACAUCACCGAACCAGACCCCAAGGUUCUCAGUGUGAAUAAGAGUGUUUCUAUGAUGGACCUGCAGGACUCUCGCAUCAACAGCGUGUCCAACCUGCACUCGGUGAACGAUCUGCUCAACUCGUCUCAGGGCUCUCUGGCCGGCUUCGGGCCGCUGGCCGGGGCCCCUCUCAGGGCCGGAGGGCGCGUGUCGGCCGGCUCGGGCGGCUCCAGCAUGUCGGGUGGCCUGCGUCUGAGUCACUCGGGCGGCCUGGCCACGGACUCUCUGUCCCAGGCGGCUGCCAUGCACGUGCCCCUGUCCUUCCAGAACCCUCUGUUCCACCUGGCGUCAGACGGGCCCCAGUACCACACCCCUCCACCGCUGCUGCUGCCGCCCGAGCCGGAGAACGGACACGUGCCCUCGUUCGCUCACAGCGGCUUCUCCCGCAGCGAGGAUCUGUCGGCCCUGCGCACGCAGAACAGCCUGGUGCAGCCCAACAUCGUGCACUCGCACAGCUACAGCGACGACUUCACGCGCCACAACCAGGCCGACUACGCCCGCAGACAGCUGUCUCUGCAGGUGCAGGAGAAUCUCCAGCAGCAGGUUCUGAUGGGUAUCGCCCCGCAGACAGCCACAGGUACAGGGACGCCCGCUUCCCUGGCCACGCCCCCAACCACCAUCCAUCCUGUCCGUCAGGCCUCUAUGGCCCCGGCUCCUCCUCAGCGUGUCAAGCCUCAGCCCUCCCACCAGCUGUCCGUCAGCUCGGCCGUCAACUCCACGCCCCCCAAGACCCGCCCCCAGAGCGGGAACCUCCUCCAGUCGCCUGACUCCAGCUUUGGGGGGAGGCAGUUGCCAAGGCAACAGCUGUCGGUGAAGGAUAGCCCCGCCCCCGGCCUGCCGCAUCAGUCCAGCACAGCCUCGGAGAGCCCCGCCCCUCAGGGCGGAGCCAGUGAGAGCACAGAAAACACACCGAGCAACCAACCAGCAAAACCUGCUCAGCAGAGCAACCAACAGCACCUGCUCAAGCCAACCACAAACAAACAGGGCUCGAAGUCUCCGUCCACUCUCAACCCUCCCUCAGCCGCGUCCGAGCGUACGGUGGCCUGGGUGUCCAACAUGCCCCACCUGUCUGCAGACAUCGAGAGUCUGCGAGUGGACCGCGAGGACUUCAAACUGAAGGAGCACUCCAAGAGCAUGGAUGAGUCCCGUCUGGACCGGGUGCGUGAGUACGAGGAGGAGAUCCACUCCCUGAAGGAGCGUCUGAUGAUGUCCCACCGCAAGCUGGAGGAGUACGAGCGGCGGCUGCACUCCCAGGAGCAGCAGACCAGUAAGAUCCUGCUGCAGUACCAGAGCCGCCUGGACGACAGCGAGAGACGCCUGCGCCAGCAGCAGAUGGAGAAAGACUCGCAGAUCAAGGGCAUCAUCAACAGGUUGAUGGCGGUAGAGGAUGAGCUGAGGGGAAGUGGAAUGCCUGACCUCAAAACCAGAAUAUUCACAGAACAGCCGAUUUAUGGUGCCCACUCUGGAACAUGAUUGGCCCGUGCAGGACUAGUGGACCUGUGAUUGGUUGAACCUCAACCCAGCAGUGUCUGAUGAUUGGCUGAGAGAGAAGAGAGAGGCGGAGCCUGAGCAGGACGACCAACUCCAACUGGACAAACUCUCUCUUUCUUCUCUCUCUCUCUCUCUCUCUCACACGCUGAGACUAUAUAUAUGUAUAUAAGUGAUAUAUAACUAUAUAUUCCUCAGGUGUGUGUGUCUCUCUCUCUCUCUCUCUCUCUCUCUCUCUCUCGUCUUUCUCUCUUUCUUCUGAAUUUUUUGAGCCAAAUGGACGACAAUCAGCAUCUUGAGGCCGAAACAAUCACACCGAUAGCACAAAAAAAUCAACACAGACGGACAGAGAGAGAGACGACUUUAUAGGCUCUCGUUCUCUUCCCAUCAUCCACUGCCUCUCUCUCUCUCUCUCUCUCUCUCUCUCUCUCUCUCUCUUUUUACUGCAGGAGUGUGUUUGUGUACGUGAGUGUGUGUGUGUGUGUGUAUGAUCAGGUGCAGCCUCAACUUCCUAAUAAUGACUCAAUAACAAAUCUUGUUUGUUUGUUUUUUUUCAAAUGAUGUUUUGAGGGGCUUGAUUCUUUCUGAGCCAAUCAGACGUCGGCGUGCCGCUCAGAACCCCGCCCCUUCCUGUCCCGCGCGGUGGGGGCGGGCUCUCCUCUCCGUGCCUAAAGAGCUCCAUCGAGAACAACAGGGCAAAAUAAAGACUAGACGAGUGAGUCGGACACUCGCCUCCGAUGGAGACGGUCAUGUGACUCGAGGAAGAGCGCUCGUGGCUGUGCCGUUUUCUGGGUUUUAAGUGGUGCUUUGACGCUGGAGAGCGAGCGGACGUGUUCGUUUAGUGCUGGUGUGUGUUUGUGCCAAAAAUCAUCCAGCCGCCCACUGAAGCUCUCUCAGACCCUAGUGAGCCGCCCGGCCCGUGCUUCACACCUCCCACGAUGCACCGGGAGACUGGCACCGAUACAGUGUUACUCAGUCACUCUUAUAAUUCAGUUUAACUUGAAAUCGCGACAAACAGUAAAGAAUGUACUUCUGCGAGACACUAUCCCUUUUCAUUUUCGCGCUGAUGAAUUAAAAGAUUCAUUCAGCUGUUAUUAAAGGCCUUAUUGUUAUUAAAAAUUAACUUUUUGAUUAGUAAAAUGAAAUUAAGUGUAAUUUUAACAGUUAAGCGGGCCCUAAAAAAUUAUUUUUGUUACACUUUUAAUAAGCUGUAGAAUUUUUUUUAUUAAUUAUGCAUGUUUUUUUUUUAAUUGCUAAAAUGUAUUUUAACCAUUAAAAUGGAAUUACGGAGGGGAAAAGGCCCUGUUAUCGUUCAUAUGAACUAUGUUUUGUGAAUUCAAUGCAUUGGAUUUAUAGUUUAAUCGUUAAAGCAGAACCGGGGGGGUAUUUGUGCAAAAAAGGGGCAAGAUUUAAGAGAUUUCAUAGAGAUUCAUUUAACCAUAAAAUAACAUUUUUAAGUUGCCUGUCAUGAAUUUCUUAGAUGAACUGGUAAUGUGUUUCUUUGUGUUGUUGGGACCAGUCUCAUUUUACAUUCUUCUUCUUCUUCUUCUUCUUCUUCUUCUUCUUCUUCUUAUCCUAUUUUUAACCGAGUUAGCAUGACAUGUUGACAGAAACCCCAUGACGGUGCUUCCCUUCAGGUGUGUGAACAUGUUGAGCGGUGUUUGAUGUUAGCUGUGGCUCCUGCUGCUGUCGUGCUCCGUGCUGCUCACUGGGUUUGAGAACACACACACUCUCACACACACACUCACUCACACACGCUCGAGCACUGACGUCAUCCGGCGAGGUCGGCUGCUGAUUUCUGUACAUAGAGUCCAGAUUUACCGAUGGAAAGUUUCUCUCAUUUUAAGUCGGUUGAGUUUUUCUCUUUUCUUGGUGUUCGAUGGAUGAUACUCAUAUACGCCAGUAGCUGCUUUGCUGGGGCUUUAGUCGAUUACUUUUGUCUUUAUUUCCUUUUUUCUGUUCAAAGUAUUACUUUCGUCUGCAUUUCAGGUACUUCUAGUUAUGAAAAAAUAAUGAUGAUGAACAGUGUUUCUGUGCCUCCAGUUCCCCCGGCGAGCUCUGAUUGGCUGAACUCGAGCGGUCACUUUCGCACGGACGUGUUUCGGUGCGUCUCUCACCACUUCUGGCGCAGUUUUGCGAUCCUUUCAGCCAGCGUCUGUGUAUAGGGGUCAGUUAUGCUACGACAGAUCGUGAUCGUGUAUCUUUUCCCCAUCGUGUAGCACGCUAGCUCUUACUGCUAUGAGUUUGUCUUCAUGAUGAAACGAAUGGUCCAGCCGCCAAUUUAGCCAUAGACACGGACAAGCCAUAGCAUUGACCCUUGACCCUCCGACCCGAUUCAGGAGCGUAGGAUGUAUAUAUUUAUAUAUUUACCCAUGGAAAUAUCCUCGAAUGCGCGAGAGAUUUGUUGAUUCUAGAGUGGAGCAUCUCUGAAUAUGGAGUGAUGUUUUGAAUGUUCAUAUUAUUAUUAUUAUUAUUAUUAUAAAGAUAUUAUAUUCAAAUAUGAUUAUUAUUGUAAUUAUGAAUUUCAUUUUAUUGACAAUGAUUGAUAAACAGAAAUGUCUUUCUUUUUGUGAAUAUGGAGAAGUUUACAUUUUUCUGGGGAAAUAUUACAAAACUUUAAAUAUUUCAACAAACAAAUAAAUAAAUAUAUACAUGCUUAUCAGGAGAUGUGCUUUUCUUUCCGUGAAGAUUUGUCCUCUUCCUCGGUUCUAGCUCUCUUCUGUUCUUCUGGAGCCGUUCUCUGAUCAGUCCUCGUCUUUGGGGUGGGUUUACUUGUGCAGCGAACGUCUUCUACUCAACAGUUCGCAGUGAAUCUUCUCUGCUCUCUUGAACACUGCAUUCAAACAGAAGUAAAUCCCACCUAAGGGCUUGGUUCUCCAGCGACAUGUUUUAUGAGCCCUUAAUCGUGGAGUAUUUGUCAUUGUGUCUUUGUCUGAAGUUGACACACUCCUCUGAGGUUCCUCGACUCCUCUGAUACAGUCUGGUCUUCAGCACUGAAGAAGACACACACGAUUGGUCCUCGGGCAGCUGCUCUAAUUGAUCAAAUCCAGGUUUUGGGUGUUUUUUAAGCACCCUUGAACUCAAGUCGCUGCCGUUUUUGUCUGCUAGCGUCGAGCGUGUAUUGAAGUGGAAAUCAAGCUCUGAUUAGAUCCAGUAUUAGGAUUUGAGAACAUCAGACCGCUUCAGUAGAAGCUGAUGGGUGUGUAAUGUGUUGAUCCGAGCAGACGGAGGCGCCCGUGCUCCUGAACCAAUCAGACGCUCUCGGGAUCAUGAGUCACGGGACAGACGACAGACGGACGUUUGACUGGAGACUUCUAAUCUGGGCUCUGAUCUGUCAGACGAACAUAAACCCGAACCAGUUUAAUCUCAAAAGACAGAGAUCUGAACACGCCUGUGAAGAUGAGCGGGGAUUUUAUGAAUUAUGUGCCUUCCACAAAUAUGACAGAAAACAUGGGGUUUUGUUCAAAAAAAAAAAAACAGACACACAUUAAUCGGGCGACACGCCGAAAUGUUCAUUUAAAAAAAUUAACACAAUCACUUAUUUUUUUCAAAAUAAUGCCUAUUUUUUCAUAUGUGGACAGAUAGAUGAUACAUGCUCUUUAUUGAACCCGGUGUGUGUCUGUGUGAGUGUGUGUGUGUGUGUGUGUGAGAGAGAGAGUGUGUGUGUGUGUGAGCGAGUGUGUGUGUGUGAGAGAGAGUGUGUGUGAGCGAGUGUGUGUGUGUGAGAGUGAGUGUGUGUGAGCGAGUGUGUGUGUGUGAGAGAGAGUGUGUGUGUGUGAGCGAGUGAAUCGUUCAUUCAGCCUGUUGUUUUCCUGCUCUAAGCUGAUUUACCGGACGUGACCGAGAGCAAGUUCAUAUAGUGUAGAUUAAAACAUGAGCGAAUCACGACACCCAGAACACAGAACCGAUGAAGGGGUUCUCGGUAAUAACGCCAUCUUUGAGAAAUCCUCAUAAAAUACAUCAGUGUCCUCUGUCACGUACUUUGGGUGAAAACCGUGAAGCAGACGGUAGGAAAGGACCCAUAUUUAAGUAUUGAAUCAAACAUCAUUUAAGAUGACUUUAUUGUUUUUGGCAGCUAUUUCUUACAGAAAUUGCAAAACUAACUCAUUUUAAAGACAUCUCAGUCAAAGUUUAAAUAAACAAACGGAGCCGUUCUUUAACUAGUACACCGUCUGUAGAACAAUAAAAAAAUAUUUUUGUUUAAUAUAUGCAAAAAAACAAAAACAAAUGAGAUUCAUAAACGCUCCAGAGAGAAAGACAGAUUUGACAGAAUCGUAGCCGAACCAAACACUUGAUCGUUUAUGCUAGUAAAACAGCAGUGCAUGAUGGGAUAUUAUUGCUUUGAGUUGGAUUUCAUAAAGCCAUGUAUGCGUGAGUUACACUGUUUUAUCUAAAAGCAUCAUCAGCAAAAUAUAACACAUGCAGACAUUCACAUAAUCCUGAGAUGCAUUCAAUAUUUCUGUCAUUUAAUGCAUUAUAUAACUACCUCAGGACUUACUGAACACGAUUCACACCGAGCUUAAUUAACCUGAGAUCUCUUGUGAUUAAAGCUUCAUUACUGCUCGCCUUCUCUGCUUUAGAGAUGCUA